AGUCCAAGUCCAAGAAAGCAUUCCCACAGCAAAAGCAUCCCUCUUCUUUUUCUCUCACAUUUUUCCUUCUCAUUUCAUCUCCAAAUCUGAAGAUUAGGAAGAAGAAAGAUGUCAAAGGUUCAUCCUGCUGAUCACAAGGAUUUCCAGGAUCUGUUGGUGAAAGAGGUCAAGCUAGAAGGUCCACCAUGUACUCUUACAGUGUGGAAAAGAUCCAGCAUGAGCUUCCAGGGGACUGAUGGAUUCACUGUUUUUGAUCACCAUGGAAGAUUGGUAUUCAGAGUUGAUAACUACUCCCGGAAAAAUCCUCGUGGUCCGGCCCGAGGGCUGGUCCUCAUGGAUGGUACAGGCAAUGCCUUGCUCACCUUAAAGCCUCAGAUAAUGAGUAUGCAAUACCAAUGGAAUGCAUAUAGAGGCGAUCAAGAAAUGACAAGAACAAGAAAAGCUAAAAAAUCUAAAGUGUUCUCAAUGAGAACUCCCUCAGUGCUCUUCCAGAGCCGCCGCAAGGAUGAGGCAGAGAUAUUCUUAGAUGGGCUAAGGAGAAAGGGUCAGAUGCCGGAUUUCAGGAUCCAGGGGUCAUUCAGGUCCCGGAACUGCCUCAUCAGGACGGCCACUGGAGAAGUGGCGGCCAAGAUUGCUAGGAAGAGAAUAAGCACCAGCGUUUUGUUGAGCGAUGAUGUUUUCAGCAUGGUGGUGCAGCCUGGAUAUGAUACUGAGCUUAUUAUGGCUUUUGUGGUUGUUUUGGACCGUAUCUGUGCCAGAUCAUUUACCCAAAUUUUGUGUUCCUAAGUUGAUACCCAUUUUUGUCUCCAAAAGAGAAAAGCCGAUUAAAAAAAAAAAAGACACAAACUGAUACUCUACGUUUUUUUGUACAGAAUUAAAGGAAGAAAGUUACAUGUUCUCA